AUAUGGUUACUCAUUAACCCCUAGAAGCAUGCUUAUGGUUUCACUCAUUUCUGCACGAGAAGCCUGGGAAAUAAUGCUUCGUAAUUCCACAGACUCCAAUUACAGUGAUCCAUGUGAAUGACAUACGGGAACCUAUCCUAAGAAAUCAAGCAAUGCCAGUUACUGAGAGUGCAGAUAUUUAAGUGCGGCCCAAACACAGGAAUCCAGACAGUUUCCAGAUGCUACAUUAGCUGCAGGGCCCUUUUUGUUGGGCCAAAGCGCAUGCGACACUGCCGUGCGAUUGCUAGCAGCCCUCCUUGAGCUGAGAACAUUUCUCUCUUAAGAAAACCAACAAAACUGAAAGUGGUAAGCAACAGUGGGCAGAAGAAGGAGACCGAGCACACCAGAAGGCACACCAGCUGAGAAAGGCAGAGAGCUCCCACUCCAGACAAUGAAUUUUUCUGAGAUGACGCUAAAUGACAGCUCCACUAACAGCUCAUUCACCUGUAGCACGGAUGCCUUCAAGCAAGUCAUUUAUCCCAUUGCGUACCUCUUAAUCUUCUUCCUGGGCAGUGUUGGAAAUAGCCUCUCCAUAUAUGUUUUCCUCCAGCCUUCCCAGAGGAAGACCUCAGUAAACAUCUACAUGCAGAACUUGGCAGUUUCGGAUCUCAUGUUUGUGAGCACUUUGCCCUUCCGGGCCACCUAUUAUCUGUUAGGAUCACAGUGGGUGUUUGGUGAUAUCCUCUGCAGGAUCAUGACGUACACCAUGUAUGUGAACAUGUACUGCAGCAUUUAUUUUCUCACCGUGCUCAGUGUGGUUCGUUUCAUGGCCAUCGUCUACCCAUUCAAGAGCUGGAAAGUAAGUAACAUGAAGUAUGCCAAGAUAAUGUGUGCAGUGAUAUGGGUCUUCGUUCUGGCAGCCUCCAGUCCUCUGCUGAGCAAAGUAAUUGCCGGGUACAAAAACCCAGCCAAGUGCUUGGACCUCCACCCCAGCAGCACGCACAGGCUCCUCAUGAUGAACAGCUUUGUCCUUGCUGUGGGCUUCAUCUUGCCUUUUUGCACAAUUAUCAUCUGCUACAUCUUUGCCAUCAGAGCGCUGCUCAAGUCCAAGACACCCCAGCGCAAGAAGGCAGUCUGUCACAAGAAAGCACUGUCAACCAUCAUCAUCACUCUCAUCCUCUUCUUUCUGUGUUUCCUUCCGUACCACGUACUGCGGACAGUCUACCUAGUGCUCGGUGGCUGCAGCCCAGCCAAUCUGUUCGUGCACAAAGCACAGGUGGUCUCACUCUGCCUUGCUGCCACCAACAGCUGCCUGGACCCUGUGCUAUAUUACUUUGCAGCUGAAAAUUUCAAAGCAAGAAUCAGAAGUUUAUACCGAAGGAUGCUUGUGUAGAAUUGCAGUAUUACGUUCCUGCACUCCUGCCAAGACAUCUAGACUGCAUCCAUACUACGUGAUGAAUGAAUGUGCUGCUGACCAUACUGCACUGUGCCAGGCAUCUUGGGAAGAAAAGUGUUUGGGAUAAAGUUCAGUGAGGAUGGUCAAUACCAAGACAGGAGCUCAGCAGUGCAGGUGAUUGGAGGUCAGGUGCCUGGGUGUGAUCUAUGAUCCACUUCUACUGAGAGCUACAGAUGUACUUUCAAUAUCCACCCUCCUCACAACAAGGGAACAAAAGGAAUUUGCCUUGCUACUGGAGUGCAUUUCUUUCAUUUCACAAUACACAGACGUUGAUUUGAAGGGAAACUGCUCAUGUGAGAGUCUCUCUGCUCUCCAUUUACCUGUGUGCAUGUAGAAGUGCCUGCCCUAGACGCUGUGCCACCCAACAUCUUCAUAGUCCCCUGCCAGACCUCUCUUCAAAUUCUGGCCAGAAGUUUAUACGUAAUAGGAAUAUAAACAGUGAAGAUACUGUCUGCUGUGGCUGACUCUGUAAAGCAAGAAGAGAGCCAAACGAAACCCACAAUAGCUCAUCCUGUUCAGAAAGCAUUAACAUGUCUAAAUAUGCCCCUCUGAGGAGACCACUGAUGUAUUUUGCAUAAUAUUUCACUGAUUACCAAGCGAGGUGACAAUUUCCAGCAAACAGUGUGAAUACUGGGGUGACACGAAUGAUGUGAUGAUUAGCAAUGAGGGCAGGAUGGGAGCUGGCAUGGAGCAGGAGGACCGGAGGUUUGGCAGCUCAUCUCCAUGCAGGGAUCCAGAGACAAACUCAACCAUUUAGGCAAUGGGGAGCUACACCUAUGUAUACUUUGGAAAAUAUCACAACACUGCUGUCUGCAUUUUUAAGUCCCUAUUAUCUAACAUAUUUCCUGCAAAUCCAAACGGUCACAAUUAAGUGAAAACAGGGUCCAAACUCUGCUUGACCUCAUUGAAUGCUGAAUUAAAAAAAAUUAAGAUGAGAAAGUUCAUCAUGUUUUCCAGGAGAACAGCCUCUUGUUUGAGAACUUCAGCAAGGCUGAGGCCUUCCCUCCCUGUGAAAUCCACCCAGAGGAAGGCUUCUGACAAUGAAGGUGCUUUCUCAAUGCUCUGAACUUCCUUGGAGAAAACACUCAAUAAACUGAAUGUUAUUACUACCAAGCAAAAAUAACUCUAACUGGCUAUUUUCAGCUCUGUCCCAAAUUCACAGAAAACAAAUCAUUGCUGGUCAGGUGGAAAAGUACUUGGCAUGUCUUUGGGAAAAUCACACUUCUCUUGGCUAUGUAAGGGCUGUGUUCAAUUGAAGAGUCAAUGUGUUUUAGUCAUUCUGUUCUGUCUUUGAUGUAAGCAUAACAUUUUAUCACUAAAUCUUAGUAAUGUUCAUGUUCCAAACUCUUAAUUCAAUACCUCAAAUUGGCUUAUGUGUCUUAGAGCUAACCUACUGAAGUCAUAUGAACACCUGCAGUGCUGAGUCCCAUGCUCUUGAUGGAACAGGGAGUAAUGCCUCUGAAUUGCAAUGGCAGCUGGAUCAAGAUGAGAGCUUGUGCAAAAAGAGAGAGCAAACAAGUAAAAAGAAGGAAAGGAGGCAGCCUCUCUUUCUACAGUUUUCUCUUAUCCUGAGCAGGGACAACUGACAAUCUCGGAUCCUCUGAUGAGAUGUUGUACACCUCAACAAGGGAAUGGAAAGUAAUUAGGGAGGUGGUUAUCCUCAGCCUAAUCUCACUAAUGCUUUUGCAACCAUGCCUAUACAAAUAUACCCUAUUAGUGGAUCAUUUUGCAUCUAAAGAGUAAUUUAUCCCACUUCUAAGGUUUUUUGCAUAGACUAUGAUACAACUUUGUCAGCAAACUGAAUGGACUGUCAAAACUAAGUUUCAAUAAACUAGAUUUACUAGUUGCUGAAGUUAUGCUUUGUAUUGAUUGCACAGCUAACAAGGAGUGCAGGGGGAGAAAGACAAAGUGUGGAGAUUGAAAUUUUGUUAAAUGGGAUAUCAUUUCACAAGGGAGAAACGUCUUUGGAUGUGUGAGAACAUCCCGCUGCCUUCUUCACUUCACCAAGAAAAUGGUUGGGAAUAUGAGUCCAAAUCUGGGGUGUGGAUAAGAGUAGAAGAUUUUCUAAGUAUUAUUUACUUGCAAAAGGACUGAAGAUCAUCCUUGUCAGAUAUCCUAAUGCACAGCUUUAGAACUUGCAUGACAUGCCAUGCUCACACUUACUGCUAUUUCUCCAUUCAAAACCCUCGUAUGUUUCUACAUGCAGUGCAUAAAACCAGUGAUCUUCACUGUGGAAAUUAAAAAUGUAGUAAAAAUUCCCACUGUAUUUAUUAUAAAAAUUAUAAAACCGGUUAUUACAGAAAACAGUUAAAUUACUUACAGUGCCACUGGAUCCCUCAAGGGACCACCUACAAUGAAAAAAGCAUCUUGAUACGCUUCCUCUUUUCUAAGAGACAAAAACUAUGAAUAGCUACACCCGUAGAAAAUGAAAGCAACAGUAAAAUUUUGAGCUCGAGAGAGACCUAAGUAUAGAAAAUGAAGCUUUUAAGUGAUCAUAAAUGAUUUAAUUACCCGUAAAUGACUGUAAAUUUAGCUUCCUAUGUGUGUUUUCCAGUCAUUCAAGAAAUCCUUGGAGUUUCUAGACCAAAGUAAUUUUUUCAUCCAAAGCUACACCAGAGACAAAAUAGAUUUUCUGAAGUAAUCUUGUAGCCUGAACCACUUGACCCUCAGCACAAGGCAAUAUCACUCCUCAUGUUUGCAUUUUCAUCCUUGGAGGCCCUUGUAUGGCUAUGUUUGCCGGAUGGAGCAGUGUUGCAGUGCACAGGGAAGCAGCCAAUUUUUGAGAACUAUGGACGUGCCUUUGUCUUUUCUGCUUUCCACAUGUGACUCUAUGCCUUCCCAGAGGACAAACCCGCUCCUUAGUAUUUUCUAUAUGCAUUAAAAAUGAAAGUGUCACAGAUUAAAGGAAAAAAACCCCACAAUUACCCCUCAACUAGGCAAGGGUGUGAGUAGGACAAGAAUUGUUGAGCAACCUGUUUUUAUCUAACAGAGAAGAUUAUUAUAAGCAAUGCACUAUAUAUAGUAGUCUAAAUUAUAAUGUGAGCAAGGAUUACAAUUUAUACAUAUUAUACAUUGUAAUAUCUAUGCAUUAUCUGCUGUACAUAUGUAGUGUCUCAUAAGGAGUAUAUAACAUACAUAAUGCUGUUUUUAUAUAAAUACAAGUAACAAAUUAUUACAAACCAUA